ACCACAUUGAAAUGGGUCUGAUGUUGUUGUCAAACAUUACAGUGUGCAGAGCAUCCCUCCUCAGACCUUCCAGCCAGAGCGUCUCAAUAAUAUAGCAGAGCACAAGGAGGAGGCAACAGCAAGAGCCUAUUGCCACUUCGGGUGCGGUGUCAACCAGCAGUCACAUUACUGUCAGUGUUACUAUAACGCACAUCAGAGACCUGAUACGCUUCGGUGUGGAUGCAUCUUCCAGUGAGGCUGAGAAACAUGGGAGGACCGUGUUACGCGUCUCUGCUGAUCCUCAUCUGCUCCCUUGUUCACACAAAUGCAUUGACAACAUGUGGAACGAAUCAGUUCCAGUGCGGGAACGGGAGAUGCAUCACAGCCAGAUGGGUGUGUGAUGGCACAGAGGACUGUGGAGAUGGCACAGAUGAACUUCCCGGUACCUGCUCGGCUAAAACGUGUAGGCCGACAGAAUUCAGCUGCCAGGACCGUCUUAACCAGUGUAUACCCAACACCUGGCGCUGUGAUGGAAAAGCUGACUGUGAGAAUGGAGCUGAUGAAGAGACCUGUGCACCCAAGCAGUGCACAGACACUGAGUUCCGCUGCGGGAACGGCCAGUGCGUGUCUGCUUCCUUCGUGUGUGACGACGAGGCGGACUGUGACGACGGCAGCGAUGAGGCCUCCUGCCCGCCCGUCACCUGCAGCGCCACAGCCUUCCAGUGCAACAACAGUGUUUGUGUACCACGCCUGUGGGCAUGCGACGGUGACUCCGACUGCCCAGACGGUUCGGACGAGUGGCCCCAGAACUGUGGCACAAGGACACCUCCCUCUGUUGCCACUCAUCAGUGCUCCUCCCUGGAGUUCCGCUGUGGCAGUGGAGAGUGCAUCCAUGGCAGCUGGAAGUGCGAUGGAGGAGCUGACUGCCUCGAUCGAUCGGAUGAAGCUGACUGUGCUCGUCCCACCUGUCGCCCUGAUGAGUUUGAAUGCGGUGAUGGUACUUGCAUCCACGGUAGCCGUCAGUGCAACCAUCAGUAUGACUGCAGGGACAUGAGUGAUGAAAUGGGCUGUGUCAACGUAACCCACUGUGAUGGCCCGACCAGGUUUAAGUGCCGCAGCGGGGAGUGUAUUAGCAUGGAGAAGGUGUGUGACAGGCAUCGUGAUUGCAGGGAUUGGUCAGAUGAGCCUCUGAGGGAAUGUGGUUCCAAUGAGUGCCUGUACAACAACGGUGGCUGCUCUCAUAUCUGCAAAGACCUGAAAAUUGGCUAUGAGUGCCUGUGUCCUGCUGGAUAUAGCCUUGUUGACAAGAAACGCUGUGAAGAUAUCGAUGAGUGUGCCAACCCAGACACCUGCAGCCAGAUCUGCAUCAACCAGAUAGGCAGUUACAAAUGCGAGUGUGAGGAGGGUUACCAAGUUGACCCGGCAACCAAAGCCUGCAAGGCCAUUGGUACAAUAGCAUACCUUUUCUUUACCAACCGUCAUGAGGUCAGAAAGAUGACUUUGGAUAAAAGUGAGUACACCAGAGUAAUCCCCCGUCUAAAAAACGUUGUGGCUCUGGACAUGAACAUGGCCUCCAAAGAGAUCUACUGGUCGGACAUGUCCCAGAAAAAAAUCUACAGAGCUCAGAUGGACUCGGCUGAAGACUCCACUCAGCACAGCAUAGUGAUUGGCAGCGACAUUGAUGCUCCUGAAGGCAUCGCCUUUGAUUGGAUCCAUGGUAACCUGUAUUGGACUGACAGCAUUCGCAGCACCAUCUCCGUGGUAACUGCUGAUGGUAGCCGUCGUAAAACUCUCUUCAGCGAAGACUUAUCAAAACCCCGUGCUAUUGUGGUUGACCCCCACAGCAAUUUCGUUUACUGGACAGACUGGGGAAAUCCUGCUAAGAUUGAGAAGGGGGGUCUUAACGGAGGAGACCGCACCGCUCUGGUCACUGACAACAUUGUGUGGCCCAAUGGCAUUACACUUGACCUGUUAAACCAGCGGCUCUACUGGGUGGACUCUAAACUGCACACACUCUCCAGUAUCGACGUGCAGGGUGGUGGUCGACGCACCCUCAUCAUUGAUGAAAACAAGCUGGCUCACCCACUGGGACUCACUGUGUUUGAGGAGAGAGUGUUCUGGACAGACGUCAGUAACAACGCCAUCCUCAGUGCAAACAGGCUGACGGGUGAUGACAUCGCACCAGUGGCAGAGCACCUGUCAUCACCAGAAGACAUUAUUCUCUACCAUAACCUCAAACAGCCUGCUGGGAGGGAUUGGUGCCAGGUGUCCAACGGCGGCUGUGAAUUCUUGUGCCUGGCAGCUCCUCAAGUGGGCAGACAUCCCCCCAAAUAUACCUGUGUCUGUCCAGAUAACAUGAUACUAGCCAGAGAUAUGAGGACAUGUGUACCAGCUGGGACAGCAACUGCACCUCCUGUGCAGCCUCAGGUUCCACCUACCAACCCCCCUCGUCUGCCACCAGUGCUACCUAGGACCACACCCAGGACCACACCCAGGACGAUACCCAGGACCACACCCAGGACGAUACCCAGGACUACAUCCAAACCCCAGGUCCAUACCACCACCACAGUUCCCAUCGUAAUCACCAGCUCUAUGGCUAAGCCAUUUCCACACACCACCAAGCCUCCUGUCAGGACCACCACACCUCAGCCAGUGAAGCCUAAAAUUUCCCAGACCACCACAGAGGUUCCAGUCACCUCUCCAGAUAUCCAACAGGAAUUUGCUGCAGUCAUACCCAAGACCGCCUCCACAACCCCAAUAGCUUUGUACAUUGUCUUACCUCUGGCCAUCGCUUGUCUCGUGGCUGUUGGUGGUAUGCUGCUAUGGAGGAACUACAGGCUGAAGAACACCAACACAAUUCACUUUAACAACCCUGUCUACCAGAAAACCACUGAGGACCAGGUGCAUAUUUGGAGGAGCCACAGCCCUGAUGGUUACUCCUACCCAAAAAGACAAGUUGUGUGUUUGGACGAAGAGGCAGACAAUCCAGCCUUCACAGAAAACUGAAAAACGUCAGCGUAGUGGAAAGAAGAGCCUUGGUGAUAAGCUACCUUGAACGUCCUUUUAUAUUCUUACCUCACUCAGCACAAAGAUAUGGAAGUCAAAGCCAGUAGCAGACAAGUUUGAAUCACUCUAUCCUCACAGAUGAACACAGACGAAGUGCUCUGCAGUGGAAAAACCAGGGUGAAACAUUAUUUCAGGUUGUUCAUCUUUUUUAUCCAUCCACCAAAUCAAACAAAUUCAUCAGACGAUGGAUUCCUCAGUCUAUAAAGUUUUUCUUUUUUUUUUCUAACUGUAAUCCUGAUGAUAUAAUGGGAGACCGGUGUCAUUGUUAAAGCCACAUCAUGUCUUGCUGCGUGAAUCAGUAUCA